AGUAGCACAACGUGCCACAACAAGGAACGUGGUAGCAGCUUUACAAAUUACAAGCAAGCAGAUAACUAGUCGAAUACUUCACGUCACCAAUCAUGAAACGGACCUGCCUGUUGAUCUGCGUGUGCCUUCUGACCUGGAAUGUGGCCAGUGCGUCCUAUCUGCGACCCAUCGAACUCAACCAAUUGAGCAAGUCAAGCAGUCUCCAACAACAACAACUACAACAGCAGCAGCAGCUGCGUGACUUGAACAAUGAUGACUCCAAUUUGGAUGAAGCCACGACCAUUUUGCCUAGCUCCAGCGAGGAUUACGACAGCCGACCACAGUACACAUUUGCAUACGAUGUGCGCGAUACGCUGACCGGGGACGAGAAACGACAGGAGGAGAAGCGCGAUGGCGAUUUAGUUAAGGGACAAUAUUCGCUCGUCGAGCCGGACGGCACGCGACGCAUUGUGGACUACACGGCGGAUGAUGCAAGCGGCUUCAAUGCAAUCGUAUCAAAGCAGCGUCUGGAUGAACGUCUCAGCACAUCAGGGGCAUCCUCCUCCUCAACAUCCUCUCGUUACAAUAGCAUUGAGGAGCUGCAGUCUCGCCUCACAGCCCACGCCAUUGCCGAGGCCCAGGCCAUAGCCGAUGCCCAACACCAGUCGCAAUUGCAGCUGGAAGCACAGGCGCGCCGUGAAUCCGAAAACCAAGCGCGCCUGCAAUCUCAACAGCUGAUGGAACAGUUCCAGCAGCAAGUGCAGCAAACGGCCCAGCUGCGCCAGCAGCAGGAGCAACAGCGUCAGCAACAAGAGCAACAGCUACGCGAAUUGCAGCGCCAGCAAGAGCAGCGCGAUCGUGAACAACGCGAACGUGACCAGGAGCGUCGUCAGCUGCGCGAGCGGGAACAAGAACGGCGUCUUAGCCAGAGCCAAAACCAAAAUCAGCGUCUUCUCGAGCGUCUCAGCAAUCAGCAGCAAUCGUUGCUGUUGCCCAGCUCCAAUCAGCUGCUUGGACAAAGUGUUCAGGCCAACGUUGUUUCCCAUCCGCCCACUCUGAUAUCUCGCCUGCCUUCGGUAUCAACAAGUAACCUUCUGCUGUCUGGGGAACGUGAUCUGGAUGGCUGGCGCCAAUUGCCCACCGCCCGUCUUAACAUCGAGCGCACCGGCCAGUCCGUCAUCUUGGCACAUCCGUCCAGUGCUUCGGUGCAGGCACAGCUCAUCGGCUCGCCGCUGUUAUUGAAUUCAGCCAACCUGAAUGGAUUGAUCACGACGCGCCUCAAUGGCAACGCAGCACGCGCCGGCGCCUCCAUCAGCUGGACCCAGGGAGGUCGUUUGCUGGACAACGAGCUGUGGCAACUCGACCGUCUCGAGGAACAUGACAGCCGUCGCGAAGACAAUCGUCGGGCAGAGGAGCAGCGUCUUGAGAGCGAGGAGCUACGCUCAAUCAGCUCUAGCUCGGAGCGUAGCGGCAACCGACGAGCUCAAUGGUAAACGUAUGACCAACACAGUCCAAAGUCCAAGCUUCAACUGAACUCAAUUCUUGACCGACCUCAAUCAUUUGCAAUGGAACACUGAUUAUGUCUAGAACUUAAGCACACAAUUUCUACUCUAAGCGAACUUUUGUGUUAUGUUAGUCUUAUGUGGGAUACGGGUACUUUUUCUAUUUGCUUGCUUUCCUAAAAACAAAACUUCGCCAGAAACUAACCCAAUCAAGCUCAAGCUGCAACCUGUCUCUGCCUAACUCUAGCCCUAAGCUUAAAUGUUUUUGUGUAACUUUUGUAGUUAGACCAACUGCGUUAUUAAACUUACAACAAAAAAAAAAGUGUAAAGCUAAUAAAGAAAACCAACGCAACGCGUAUGGAUUGUGAAAAACGAA